GAUUUUCAUAUAUUGCUCGCUGUAGCAUCUUCCAUCGCCCCAUCGCCAUCAAGCCCCAUGGCGGAGGAGUUGAAGCACUUGCAUUUGGCGCUGGAGCGACAGAAGCUCAGCCUGGACGUGUUGCAUCGCAGGCAAGCAGAGCUGAGCGAGGAGAAUGCCGCGUUGAGAGACUGCCUAGAGUCCAUUGGUGUCCUUUGCGGCCAGGCGUUCCUCAGCCGGUUACACCGGCGGCGUUUUCAGAGAGUGCUGAGCCAGCAUCCGCUGUCGAGGUCCUCCGUGGGCCUGGAGGCCUUGAUGCAGACGCCGGAGCUGGCGGUGAACAUCGCUGCCUUCGCUGGGCCUGGCAUUGUGCAAGCAACACUGCAAGCGGGUCAUGCCUUGUGCCAUGGAGUGGCUCUUUGUCACUCUGAGUUGGAUCGCCUCUUCCCCUGCUCCAUCUACCUCAUAGGUGGGGCUGGUGCUUCGAACGGAAAGCCCUUGCGGAGUGUGGAACGCUUCCGUCCAGAUCUGGGAGAAUCCUCCCGCUGCGCUGCCAUGCGUGUACCCCGUGCCGUCUGUUCGGCCGUGGCCUGCGGGGAGGCGAUUUAUGCGAUCGCAGGGCGCGGUGCGGACGGACCGUUGCGCAGCGUGGAAUGCUACUCUCCAGCACGAGAUCAGUGGGUUUCUGCACCUCCCCUGCAGCACUGCAGCGGCUGGGUUUGUGCCAUGGGCGCUUGGGGCGGUGUGUGCGUCGCUGGUGGCGAGGACAGCCUUGAAGGGACCACCACCCGCGCGGUGGAGUUCUUGCAGCCUCAGAUGAAGUCCUGGAUUCAGCUGCCUCCGAUGCGCACGGUGCGCUGGGCCGCCGCCGCGUGUUGCCUACCGGACCACGUGGCCUUCGUGGCGGGUGGCUAUGGUGAGGAGGCGCUGGCUGACGUGGAAUGCCUCGUCUUCGGCGCACCGGCGUGGCGCCCAGUGCCCUCCUUGCUGACGCCACGGGCGGCCCACACCAUGGCGGCGCUGGGUGGAAAGCUCUACGUGGCCGGUGGCUACGGACCACAGGAGCGACCCUUGCGCUCCAUCGAGCGCUUCGACCCCUCCAUGGGCUUCUGGGAGGACAGGGAGGACGCGCCGCACGCAGGGCGCGUGGCGUCGCGGGCAUCGCCCAUCCAGAUCCGAAGCUCCACGUUGGGGGAUAGACCCGAACUCGCAGUGAAGGUCAGCCGUCACGUGCCCAUACGUGAUGAGUGGCUGGUGGACUUCUUGAACUUCUUCUACAGGAAGUUCACCCACUCCAUGGAUGGUACCAUCAGCGUACCGGGAGGGAGAGAUUGCGUUGAGAUGAACAAGCUUAUCACCAAGAUCGUGCGGCGCUGCACGGCCCAUCUCCACGAUUUGUCGCUGCUGCGCGGCACGACCUCGGAGGUGCUCUUGAACCGUUUUGGACGGAUUCUGAAAUCGACCACUGGGGGUGUGGACACUGUGGCAGGAGAUGAACCGGACGACUACAGCAAGAGUGAAUUGAUCUCUGGAGAACUGGAUAUCUUUCUUUCUCACAGCUGGCAAGCUUGUUGGUGGAUGAAGUACUUGACUUUGCUCUACUACUUCAACGCGCUCCCGGCCACCUUAUCUGUCAUUGUCAUGGCCAUCAUUUGGUGCACCCUCCAGGCACAUGUCCACUGUCAGGAAGGCCUUUGGGACUGGCGCUGGCGCGGCUUCCUGCCCACGUCGUUGGUCUUCUUCGCCGUCCUGUUCUCCUGGCAUCACUUGCGUGCCAAGUAUCGGAGACAUCGGGUCUUCAUUUUUUUGGACAAAGUCUGCAUUGAUCAAAAGGAUUCUCACAGGAAGGCGGAAGGCAUUAAGGCGAUCGGUGGCAUUUUGAACUGUUCUCGCACACUUCUGGUCGCCUGGGAUCGAAGCUACUUCUCGCGCUUGUGGUGCACCUUUGAGUUGGCGGCCUUUUUUCAUUCUCAGCCCGAAGGGAAGGUGAUUUGCCUGCCGAUCAUCUUGGGACGAGUCACCACAGAAAUUGCGCUGUGCAGCUGGGGCUUGGAACUGGUGCGGGUCUUCGUGGACAAAGCCACCCGGAACCUCUUCGCCUUCUUAGUCAGCUUGGCGGUGGCCACCCGCUUCCAUGACUUCUUGGAAGAGGUGGAUGAGCUAAGCACAGCGCUCAAAGACUUUGAGGCGCGCCGUGCCGAGUGCUUCUGCUGCUGCAAUGGGCAUCGACAUCCCACCACGCACGAGAUUUUGGCCUGCGACCGGCAGCUGGUGGAGGGUUCAAUUGCGCAUUGGUACGGCCGCGGCAACGUGGAGGAAGGUCUCCGACGCUUCGACGCCUUGAUUCGUGGACCCUUCCGCGAGCGGAUUCGCGAAGUGGUUCGGGGAGCUCGGAUGCCCUACCAUUUGAUCUUGCUGGCAUCCGUUUGGCCAGCCAUGCACCAGUUGGACCACAUCGUGGAGGAGUGUGCCGCUCCAUGGCCACGGGGUCUCCGUUGUGCUCACAUUAUGUUUCUGGGCUUUCCUUUGGUCUUUGCCGUUCUGAUGUCCAUCAUGCGGCGCUUGAUGCAUGUGGCCAUCCUUGGCAAGUGCACAAGGACCUUCAUCUUCGCGAUCGCCAAUUGCCUUCUUCACUGGGCGGCCAUUGAAAGCAAUCGUGUCAUCAACCGAGCAUUUUCCUCCUGGCUGAACCUCUUCCUGUGUUCUUUGUUUUUGCUGGCGCAGAGCGUGACCGUCUUCUAUUUCUUUCAAGAUGGUGGCACCAAACAGCAGACAGUGAAGGUGGCCCGGCGCGUGCAGAGCGCCCUGCGGGGACCGAAGCACCUGGAAAUGACGGAGAUCGAAGCACCCGGCGCGGUCGUCGCGGUGGAGAACAAGUCCGGCAGCUGGUGCAAUGGGUCUGACUGCUCGGGCCGCGACCUUCCCCUAAAGGGUGGGGGCCGUGACCGAUCUUCAACCCACUGA